UGAAGUUAUGAACUAGAAAUUGUUUUGCACAAAUAAAUAAGAAACAAAUUUUAAAAUUAAACUUACUUGUACUGCUAAUACAACUUACAGACAAGAAAAAUCUCGCCUUUGUCAUUAUGUAAAUAUUGUUAAUUUGUGAACUAAAUAAUAAUGGGUGAUUUUGAAAUAAACGAGGCUUUGGCCUCGUUGGAGAUGCUGAUGUCGGAGUUCUUUGCACCAACUACAAAUAAUUUCAGAAAAAGAGAAAUUGAAAAUAUGUUGGAAAACUUUUCCAAUGCUAGAGAUUCAUGGAAACAUUGUUUGUUAUUUCUUCAAAAAUCUCAAAAUCAGUAUGUUUUGAUGUUUAUAUUGACAACAUUGGAGAAAAUAAUAAAUCGACAAUGGAUAAGAUUGUCAGAUGAUGAAAAAACAGAAGUCCGACUAACUUUAAUGAAUGAGCUUAUGAACAAACAUGACGUGAUGUACUUUAUUAGAAAUAAAUUAGCUGCUCUGCUAGUGUCCAUAGCCCGCUACGACUGGCCACACUUGUAUCCUGAUUUCUUCACAAACAUUGUUGAGUUAUUAAAAUGUGAGGGUCGUCAAUGCAUAGUUGGCUUGGUGUUAGCUCAAGCAGCGAGUGAAGAGUUGGGUGCAGCUCGGGAUACUGGAGUGUUACUGCCCUCAGCACGAAAGAGUCAACUAGAACGACUUAUGCUUAAAGGCAUGCCUCAAAUGCUUGCAGCAUUAAGUGCUAUAUUGGAAAAAAAUGCUCAAAAAGAAGGUCAAUCAAAUCCCCCACCAUCGCCCACCAGUGGCUUACCACAAACUUCGGCACUACCUGAUUUAUUAGCAAAUGCUCAUGAUGUACAUUCAACAGAAAAAGCACUGAAUAUGGAAAUAGUUGUAAAAUGUCUGACUACACUUCAGCAUUUAUUUUCAUGGUUGCCACUGUCUUCCCACGUACCUCCUUCUCUCGUUACUACGGUGUUCUAUUGGGGCAGUAUUGCUACACAAUCACAGAGCACGGAGGCGGCGCUGGCGGGGCUGGGCGGCGUGUGCGAGCUGCUGUACCGGCGGUACGCGCCGCCGUCGUCGGCCGCCACGGCGCUGCGCCUGCAGCAUUGCGCGCUGCGCCUGCUGCGACACCUGCACCACGCGCACCACAUGAUGCGCGCGCACCCCGAUUAUCUGAACAAGUUAGCUGAGUUCCUAAAGUUAUUUGUGUCCCUGCAUUUUAAGAGGCUGGAGGCCGAGCCUGAGUUUGAUGCUAUAGAAUUUUUAUCAUAUUUAUUCCAGUAUACAUUCCAGGUCCCGACAUGCGCAACAUUUGUAAGCUGCUUAGAUAUAUGGAUACAAUUUAUAGAUGUAUUAAAACCUGAAGACACUCCAAAAUAUUGGGAGGCACUUCAAGCUUUAGUGAUUAGCAUAUUAAAUAAAAUACAAUUCCAGCACAAUAAAGCACAGCUACAGCAUCUCGACAAUGAUGUGUGCGACGAUGAUGGCGAAACCGAAUGGCAGACAUUCCUUAAACAUUGUAUAGAAUGCAUCGCUCGAGUAGCAGACUUGGCGCCUCUAGAAGUAUUUACAGCUGUGAUGGAGCGGUGGCAGUGUCUGGCGGACGUGCAUGCGCGGGCGGCGGGGCGCGGCGGCGCGGGCGGGGAGGCCGAGCGACUGCUGGCCGCGCUGCUCGACCUCGCCACGCUAACCCGUCUUCUGGGCCGUCUCGCGCCCGCGCUGCUCGCCGAACCUGAGAGCGGCGCAACGGGCGGUGGAGCGGGCGGAGCGACGCGUGCGCAGACGGCGGGCGCGGCGCUGGUGGAGCGCUGUGCGAGCGCGUUGGCGGGCGCCGCACUGACGCGGCCGCACCGCGGACACCCCUCGCCGGCGCUCGCGCGUGCGCACGUUAUACUGCACGCGGAGAUGUUCGCGUGCAUGGGCGCGUGGUGCUGCUACGCGGGCGAGGUGCGCGCGGCGCCGCCCACCAUGCAGGGGCUGCUGGCCAGCGCGCUGCCCUUCCUCGUGCCGCACGACGCGCCGGAGCCCCCUCUACUGUGUCACGCGGCGGCUCAUCUCCUGCUCAGUCUGUCGAAAAACGUCAAGUUCGCAAACGAUCCGAUGGUUAUGUUGAGCGAUUUAUAUAAUCACGCGCAACGAUCUUUGCACUACUUGGAGCCGAAGACCGCCGGCGUAGUGCGCGAGGCGCUGGUGUCGCUGGCGCUGGCGCGCGGCGCGGCUGGCAGCGCGACCGGCGGCGCGGUGGGCGGCCAGGAGGCGGCGCGCGCGCUGCUUGCUUCCUGGUCGGCUGCGCUGCCGGUAGCCGGGCCCGCCGCCGCGCUACCGCCGCUGACUGCGCUACUCCACGCAUUUGCUGCAGCGCCGACUGCCGCUAAAAAAAUAAUAGCGGAGGGCGUGUCAUCGGCGGCGGAGAGCGCGUUGCGGAUGCUGUGCGAGCCGGCCUACGCGACUGCAGAGACUGACAUCACGGAUUUCUUCCUCGCGCUCUUCACGGCGCUGUUACCGCAGCUCGGGGCUUUCGCGUACACCGCUAUCGACGUGUUUCUCGAGGUAGCGCAGAGGGACUCCGGUGACGGCUCGGGUAGCCUGGAGCGCCUAGUGGAGUGUGUGCGGCUGGGCGUGGAGGCCGGCGGCGGUGGAGUGCGCGUGCGUGCGGUGCUGCAGCUGCUGCACACGCAUGUGCUGCCGCGCGCAGACCCCGCACCCGCGCUCGCCCGCGCCGCGCACCGCCUGCUCGCCAGCGUGCUCAUCCAUCGCUGGCGCUACUUCUUCCCGCACUCGUGCGAGGGGGAGGAGGGCGCGCGGCGCUCGAGCGAGCUGCGCGGCGCGCUGGCGGCGGUGGGGCGCGCGUUGCUCGCGCACGACAUCGAGCUGCUACGCGGCGCGCUCGCCACCAUCGACACGCUCAACGCCAAGUGGAAGCUCUAUCACAAGGCGAUAUUCCGAAGUGAGUUCAUGUGCGAGUUCCUGUCGGUGCUGUUGUCGGGGCUGGCGGAGGGCGGCGCUCGAGCCCUGCUGCGCGACGAGGCGCUGGGAGCCGUGCACGCGAUGGCGGCCGUGGACUUCGCCGUCUUCCGUCAUGGUUUCCUGCCGCACUUCCUGCAGUCGCUGCCCGGCCUCGACCCGCAGCGCCUCGGCGAGUUCCCGCCUGAUACGGAUCUACCGACGUUUACUCAAAACAUCCUGCGAUUGAUGAAUGAUGUUAACUGCUAUCGAGCAUAUCAAUCACUUACAUGUAAUGAAAUGGGUCUCUAGUGAACCUCAAUGGGUCUCAGUGAACUAUUGGUGCUGUGAUACAGACCAGCUAGGGAUUAGGCCACUGGUACUUUAGAAAUCAAUUUUAUACAAAAAUAAAUAAUUAAAUACCAUCUCAUAAUUACACCCUCGUAAUUAAUUUGAUUCAUUUUUUUAAAAAAAAGCAGUUACUACUACUUUUUGUGUACAUUACGUUAGGUGCAUUUACAGCUUUAUUUAACUGAGUUUAAACAUUAUGCAGUUAGAUUUAGUUUUUAAAUCUGAUAAAACACGAAUUUAUAGUUCAGACAAUGUUAUGUUAUUUUUAGUUUACUAGUCAUAGAAGACGAAUAAUAAAUACUACUUGGUUUUAGUAGUAUAUUUUAAUUUUGAAUAUUUUCCCGUAUUUUUAAAUAAAAUGUAGUUUCUCAUAGGUUACUGAUGAUGCGCUCAAUCAUCUAAUAGAAUGCCCAUUUUAAUUUAGAAAAAUAAUAUAAUAAAGUAUAUUAUAUGUUUUCAGAAAUCUGCCUGAAGUGAUAAUGAUAUAUUAUUUAAAAUAAAAUAGCAUUGUAACAAUUUUAAAUAAAGCAAUUAAUGGAGAUCCAUUGGUAUAUAUCCUCAUCACAAUAAUAACAAAAACAAAAGUAAUAAAUAUUUGUUCAGAUUUAUUUAAAUGGUCAUUCUGAUAGUAUAGUUUUUUAUGUUAUGACGUAUACUUUUAUUUUUAUCGAAACAUUCAAUACAAAUAUUUAAAGUUGACGAAAAUCAAAAUACAGGUAAAAAAUUGUAUAUGUAGUUUGGGUAAUUACUAUGAUAGUGUUUUUGUAGAAGGUUGAAAAAAAGCGUGAAGGUUUUUGAUACUAUUUUUAAGAAAUAAUUUUUAAAAUAACUCAAUCGUACCCGUGUUAAAUCGGGCUAGUCGCUAGUUUGAUAUUUUUUAGAUAUUUCAAAAGUUAGAGAAUAUGGGACCAAGUUUAUUUAAUAACCUUUACCCUAUUUUGGAGUUUCUAUAAGUCCCACAUAAAUGACUAAGGUGAAUUGAAUGAAUUUGUUAUUAUAUUGAAGCCUGUAAUAUAAUAUUUUACGUAUGUUUUAUAUAUAUUAUGAAGAGUGCAGUAACUGUGUUUAUUAUUAUUUGUAAGUUUUAUGAGUUCACUAUUUACUGUACAAAAGUUGAAAGUAAAUGGUUGAAGCAAUAAAGAUAAGGUUCCUU